GCGUUUUCCCAAAUAACUCUCUCUCUCUCUCUCUCUCUCUCUCUCUCUCUGUCUCCGAGAUUAGGGUUAGGGUUUCUGAACUCUUCUCUCCCCCCCUCCCCCUCUCUCUACCUCAGGGCCUGUGAGAGAGCUCUUAUUAGCGUUUUAGAUCUCUUCAUCGAUCUCACCUGAGAAGAUGAGAAGCCUCCGAUCCCUCUACAAAACCCUAAUCCUUUCUCUCUUUCUCACUCUCCUUCUCUUCCUUCCUCUCUCCAUCUCUGCCGCCACCUCCGAAAAGUCUAUUCUCCUCCAAUUCAAAUCCUCGGUCUCAUCCAAUCCUGCCGAUCUUCUCUCCGACUGGAAUUCUGCUGAUCCCGACCCGUGCUCAUGGUCUGGGGUCUCCUGCGACUCGAAAUCUAGGGUCAUAUCCCUCAACAUCACUGGCAGCAGUGGCGGCGGUGACUUCCGCAGAGGUAAUUCUCUUUCGGAUGCUUCUUGCUCUGAAUUUUCUUUCUUCGGUCGGAAUUGUUCGGUUGGUAAUAGAAAAUUGGCGGGGAAGCUGUUGCCGUUGUUCGGGGAGCUAUCUGAGCUCAGGGUUCUAUCUUUGCCGUUCAAUGAUUUUGACGGUGAGAUUCCUGUCGAGAUAUGGGGUUUGGAGAAGUUAGUAGUGCUCAAUCUUGAGGGCAAUUCUCUGUCUGGGACGCUGCCUUCAGAAUUCAGAGGCUUGAGGAGGCUGCGUGUUCUUAAUCUUGGUUUUAAUGGUGGGAUUGAAGGAGAGAUUCCGAUCUCUCUUUUGAACUGUGUCGGGUUGGAGAUCUUGAAUUUAUCUGGAAAUAAACUGAAUGGGACCGUGCCCGGUUUCCUUGGCAAUUUCUCUGAAUUGAGGGGAUUAUUUUUGUCUUUGAAUCAGUUGAGUGGGUCUAUACCGAAGGAGCUUGGGAAUGGGUGCAGGCAGCUUGAGCAUCUUGAUUUGUCGGCAAAUUUUUUGAAUGAUGUCAUUCCUCAUAAUUUGGGGAACUGCGGCGUAUUGAGAACGUUGCGAUUGUUUUCGAAUAUGUUGGAUGAUGUCAUUCCACCGGAUCUUGGUCGGCUUCAGAAGCUUGAAGUGUUGGAUGUAUCGAGGAACAGCCUGAGUGGGCCUGUGCCCGCUGAGCUUGGAAACUGCUUAGAAUUAUCUGUGCUCGUUCUUUCGAAUUUGUACAAUCCGUUGCCGCCAUCUGUGGACUCUUUUGGCAGGCCAUCGGAUGUUGCCUAUGACGAUUACAACUACUACCAAGGAGGGAUUCCGGUGAAUAUCACGAGAUUGCCAAAGUUGAAGAUAAUUUGGGCCCCAAGGGCCACACUGGAAGGUAGUAUUCCAAGUGAUUGGGGUGCUUGCAACAGCUUGGAAAUGGUUAACCUGGGUCAGAAUCUUUUCACUGGAGAAAUUCCCGUGGUGUUUAGUCAGUGCAAGAACCUGCAUUUUCUCGACUUGAACUUCAAUAAGCUGAGUGGGGGCCUCAAUGUGAAACUUCCGAUUCCUUGUAUGCAAGUCUUCGAUGUUAGCAGGAACCAGUUAUCUGGUUCUAUUCCUAGGUUCAUUUACAAUGGAUGCCCUUAUCUACCCACCUCCUUGAAUGCUUCGUUUGUCCACCCUUACAAUCCCUCCACUGCAUAUUCUUCAUUCUUUACAUACAGAGCUCUCACUGCAAUGUCAUUGCCAUCGUUUGCAUCCAGUGGUGAUCUUGCAGUUCUUCACAAUUUCAGUGGGAAUAAUUUCUCUGGCCCCCUUCCAUCUUUGCCAAUUGCUGCCGAAAGGUUGGGCAAACAAACUGUUUAUGCAUUUCUGGUCAGCGGGAAUGGCCUUACUGGUUCACUUCCUGGGUAUCUGUUCAACAAGUGUGCCAAUUUGAAUGGAUUGUUUGCCAACUUUAGCAACAAUCAGGUUUCUGGUCAGAUUCCGGUGGAGAUUGGUGAGACUUGCAGAUCUCUUAAGCUUUUGGAUCUUGCUGGGAAUCAUAUUACUGGAUUGAUACCGUCGAAUUUCGGGUAUUUGGACUCUCUUGUUAGCCUUGACUUGAGUAGGAACGAACUGCAGGGUCCAAUUCCGGAGAGUUUUGGUCAGAUGAAGGCUUUGAAGUAUCUAUCAUUGGCUGGCAACGACCUGACUGGGCAUAUCCCUAGCAGCUUGGGGUGGUUGCCUUCUCUAGAGGUGUUGGAUCUUUCUUUGAAUUUCCUAUCAGGUGAAAUUCCGAGAGACCUGGUGACUUUGAGGAAUCUGUCUGUUCUUUUACUCAGCAACAAUAAACUCUCAGGGCAGAUCCCUUCGGGUUUAGCAAACGUGACGUCGCUCUCUGAAUUCAAUGUGUCAUUCAAUAACUUGUCUGGGCCAGUACCAUUGAAUGCUAAUUCGAUGAAAUGUGACAGUGUCAUUGGGAACCCAUCUCUUCGCAGUUGCCCUCUAGUUUCACUGUCCGUGCCAUCAUCCGAUCUGCAAGGGCGGAAUGGGGUUGCACAACAGUAUGCUGCGUCUCCAUCAGCAAGUACAUCCAAGAAGAGUGGAAGCAGCGGAUUUAAUUCCAUCGAGAUCGCCUCUAUAACAUCAGCGUCUGCUAUAGUUUCUGUCCUUCUUGCACUGGUGGUUCUCUUUCUCUAUACAAGAAAAUGCAUCCCAAAGCCCACGGUUCAAGGAUCAAGAAGGGAAGUUACAGUUUUCACUCCGAUUGGGGCGCCACUGACUUACGAUAAUGUCAUGCAGGCUACAGGAAGUUUCAAUCCUAGUAACUGCAUUGGGCAUGGAGGUUUUGGAGCUACUUAUAAAGCUGAGAUUUCUCCAGGAGUUUUAGUUGCGAUAAAGAGGCUCUCAGUGGGACGGUUCCAAGGGGUUCAACAGUUCCAUGCGGAAAUCAAGACCCUCGGAAGAAUGCGCCAUCCAAAUUUGGUUACUUUAAUAGGAUUCCAUGCCAGCGAGACAGAGAUGUUUCUUGUAUAUAAUUAUCUGCCUGGAGGCAAUUUGGAAAAUUUUAUCCAGGAGAGGUCCACAAGAGCCGUUGACUGGAGGAUGCUUCACAGGAUUGCUUUAGAUAUUGCUCGUGCACUUGCUUAUUUACAUGAUCAGUGUGUCCCUCGGGUCCUCCAUCGCGAUGUCAAACCGAGCAAUAUCUUAUUGGACAACAACUUCAAUGCGUAUCUGUCAGACUUUGGAUUGGCUAGGCUGCUGGGUACUUCUGAAACACAUGCAACCACAGGUGUUGCAGGAACUUUUGGAUAUGUUGCUCCAGAGUAUGCGAUGACAUGCCGUGUUUCUGAUAAGGCUGAUGUCUACAGCUAUGGUGUGGUACUGCUGGAGCUGAUAUCUGACAAGAAAGCCUUGGAUCCUUCAUUCUCUUCAUAUGGAAAUGGUUUCAAUAUUGUUCAAUGGGCAUGUAUGCUUCUCCGGCAGGGCCGGGCACGCGAGGUCUUCACCACAGGGCUGUGGGAUAUGGGUCCUCAUGAUGAUUUGGUGGAGACACUGCAUUUGGCCGUCAUGUGUACUGUUGAUUCCCUCUCCAUCAGACCUACAAUGAAGCAAGUUGUUCAACGGCUGAAGCAACUUCAACCUCCAACAUGUUAGCUGAUUAUGUAUCCAAGGAUUCACUCAUCUGUUAUGUGGAAGGUAAAAUCAUUAUUGCAAAAAGCAUCAGUGGGAACAGUGAAGCAGCACUUUUUGAGUUGUAAUGAAGCAUGAAUGCCUAGGAAGUGCCUAGGAAGGAUCUUCAAAAGAAAAUGAAUGCCUAGGAAGUGGGGACCAGAAUGAGGUUCCAAAGCAGAAGUGGGGGUGAGCAGUACAUCAGGAAGAAGCUUCCUGCAGGUGAGGGCAAGACAGAAUUGGUGUUCAUGCUAACUGAUGAUGCAUCCAGGGAGUAACUCAUUCGUCAUGUUAAAGCAGAAGUUAAGACGGUAUUUGUGCUCCCAUUGUCCAUUUUUGGGCUUCCCUCGGAUUCGGUUCUGAGUUGUACUUAUUCUCUUGUAAUAUAUUGCUGACAUUUUUCCAUGUUGCACUCUGAGGGAACUUGCUAACCAAUCUGCAGAAGAGUGCAGAUGUAAUAUCUAAAUCAUAUCUUUUUUCAGGACUUUUUCAAUCGUGUAUCACAAGUUCCUUUUGCAGUUAAAUAAAGUGCAUAUAUAUCUCCAAGGAUUUUUGGAGCUGUUAAAUGACA